AUGAGUAUGAAUGUUAGUUUACAAAUUCCAUUAAACAUUUCAAAUUCUUCGACGUUAUUUGUCGAUAUAUUAUUUCAAAAAAUUCUCUUAGGAUUUUUAUUAUUUAGUUUAUCAAUAUUUACUAUAUUUGGUAAUCUUCUUGUACUUUAUGCAAUAGGAACAGAAAAACGUUUAAGAGCAGUAUCAAAUUUAUUUAUUCUUAGUUUAGCAUUUGCUGAUUUAAUUGUUGGAAUUUUUGUUAUGCCUUUAAGUGCAGCAAAUAUUAUGAUUGGUCAAUGGCCAUUUUCAUUUGUUCUAUGUCAAAUAUGGUUAUCAACUGAUUAUGUUGCUAGUACUGCUAGUAUAUUUAAUCUUGUCCUUCUAAGUCUUGAUCGUUAUUGGGCUGUUGUUCAUCCAUUACUUUAUCUUCAAAAUCGUACAUUUAAACGAACAAUUAGUUUUAUUAUAAUUGUUUGGUUAAUAUCAUUAUUAUGGGCACCAGCAAUUAUAUUUUGGUCACAUAUUAUGCCUAAAUAUAGUGAUAUUAUAAAAUCAACUGAAUGUGAUACAUCAUUUCGUUCAAAUAAAUUAUUUAAAACAUUAACAGCUUUAAUUAAUUUUUAUAUACCAUUAUUAACAAUAAUAAUAAUAUCAUGUCGUAUAAUGAUUACAAUACAUUCACGUUCAACAAUGGAAUUUGGUAGACGUAUAUCAUUAACAAGACGAAAACAAAUGCAACAAGAUCGAACAUAUUUUAAUUCAUCAAUACGUCAUGAUUCUCAAAAUAAUGAAAGAAAAAAUUCAACAUGUUUAAUAUCAAAUAAUAUUAAUGAAAAACCAAUAUCAGUAUCAAUUAUUGUUAAUCCAUUUGAUCCAAUAAUAACAAAUCCAAAUAUUUCAUCAUAUGAAUUUGAUAUAAAUAGUGAAUUAUUAAGUCAAACAAAUGAACAAAAUAAUAAUAAUAAUAUUUGGGAAUUAGAAUCAAAUGAAUCUUCUUCAAUUGAUAAAACACAUUUUCAAUUAUCUCAUUUAAAACCUAUUAAAAUAUUAUUUUCAUCAUUAUCUUCAAUAACAAACUAUAAUAAUAAUAAUAAUAAACGUAAAAGUGAAGAUUUAUCACGAAAUUUUUCUCAUAAAAAAUUUAUGAAAAUUUCUUCAAGUGUUUCAAAUAAUAUGAAAUAUGCUGAAAGACAAUCAAAUAUAACAUCAUUUGAUUUAAAUCAUUUACCACGAACAUUAUCAACAACAUCUAAUGAAUGUCAGCAAACAAUGUGUAUUAAUCCAAUUGAACAAGAUUUUUCAAUACCAAUAGAAGAUAUUAAUGUUCAAACAAGAACAUCAUCAUAUUCUACAAGUAAUAUAGACAAUAGAACUAUAAAUUCAAAUAAUCAUCAUAUAGAUAUGUCUGUAACACGAAUAAAUAAUGGAAAUAAAAUAAGUAUUUUAACAUUUUUUGAUUAUAUUAUUAAUCCAAAUCUUUCAAGAUCAUUACAAAAAGAACUUAAAGCUGCAAGACAAUUAGGAUUACUUGUUGGUGUAUUUACUAUAACAUGGUUACCAUAUUUUAUAUUAUUUUUAGUUAUUGCAUGGUGUCAUAAUUGUGUAUCCGAUACUAUUUUUACAGUAUCUAUAUGGCUUGGAUAUUUAAAUUCAACAUUUAAUCCACUUAUUUAUCCAUUAUGUAAUACACAUUUUCGUCAUGCUUUUAAAAGAAUUCUUUUUUGUAAAUCUACAAAAAUGAAAAUAACUAAUCAAAGUGCAUUAUCAGAACUUUAUGCAUUACAUUCUAUACGUCGUCAUCGAUAA